CCUUCCGACCCGCACAACAGCAAAAGUAAAAGUUUGCUUCCCCGCUUUCGACCUUUGAAGUACUUUUUCAGUGUAAAUAAAGUUUGAAAACAACUUUUAGUUUUUUCGAUAUCUUCAUUACCCCAUAACUUUAAACAUUAGUUCCCAAACUUACAACUUGCCAGCGUGUGCACGAAAAUGGAACAAUACCACAAUCACAUGGAGGAGCGAUCAUCCAUGCGUCUCUACGUGCGGAGGAGAACUAAGUACGCCAAGUGACAAGUGAAUUUAACACUCCCGUCGGUCGCCUACCGAAGUAGAACAGCGGUUGCGCGUAGCUGAAUUCCUGGCAGUACCGACGACCUUGAAAAUAAGUAAACUCUCGAAGAUGACGACGCGACUUACUUUCAACAGAUUUCCGUCCCCCUUGCGGAAGGUGUUGAUGGUCGGUGCUGGCCUCCGCCUGAUUUUGGGGGUGAGCCUUCGUGUGCACAACGCCGAUGCGUACUCCACAUCGCACUACCACAGCGACCGCCCCGGCAUUCGCGAGGACGAGCAGGAGGACGUUGAAAUGACCGGGCUCCCCAGUUUACUUGACGGAACAGCAAAUAACCGCACAAGUAGCAGGAGCUCGGGGGGGGCUUUUCUUGAGGAGGAGAACGACAAGCCGUUCUCGCCGACCUCGGCCUCUUCUGCCGCCUUUGCGCGGUACAAGGCGCGCGUGUUUGCCAUGCGGCCGCCACACACCGAGGAUCCGCCGGAGUCCUGGGUGCAGAAGCGGUGCGUCGGCUGCGUCGAGGAUUCGAUUACGACCGGAACGGGCUCCGGCCGGGCGGUGGCGGGGGCCGCCGCGGGGACCUCCGCGAGCGGGCUGAUGGCAUUCGAUGCGAACCAACAAACGGCAGCGCAAGGCUACCUUAUGGUGCCGCCCGGGUCCUAUUUGCACGUGGGCAGCAGCUUCACGUCCCAGCAGACCACCGACCCCGCACCGUUUCUGAAUGACUACUACACGCACGAGCCGUGGGAGAGCUACAAGGAAUACGCCAACCUGGUGCAAACGUGGCAGUGGCAAGACGGGUGGGCAGCCUUUUCCGGGCCCGCAUUCCAAGCCGAAAUGCAGCCCUGGGACUUGGAUAGGAUCCUCCGUGAAAAGAAUGAAUACUCGAAAGGCUAUUCGAUGCCUUCGCUUGUGCGAGUUCACGUGAGUGCCCCGCUGAAUCUGUAUCGCAAGAUGGAUGCCAGCGGGAACCCGGUCUCGCAAAACACGGAUGGCCUGGAUGAGCCGCUCGCGCCAGCGGAGUGCUCUCUGCGGCUGCGGGGCUGGUACGUCAACGACUAUUCGCAAGGUGAGGCCUGCCGUCCCUAUCCUGCAGAAAAUAAGGACACCCACACUGGACGAAAAUCAAAAUACAUACUUAGCGCUGCUGCUUUUCUGGCAGCACACAAAAGUUUGUGGUGCUGAUCCGCAAGAAGGACGAACAUUAUCUGCCAUGCAGAGAUAUAGAGACUGUGAUCAUGCGGAAAAGGGAUCAGAGAGGUACCAAGAAGAUUUGUAUUGCUGAACAGACCACCACAGUAAAAGCAAGCCGCUUUUUACACAAAAAAACUGUUCUCACUGCCAUUGGGUAUUGGGGUCCCCUCCCCUAAUUUGGAUCUAUUAAUAAUGUCAAUUGCUCGUAUGUUGAGGACUGCCCCCCUUUUCAUGCCGAGCGCCAUCAGUCAUGGUAUUUAAAUAAACUGCGUCAAAAGUGUCGUCUGAUACGGUAUGGGUGUUCUACUUUUCGGUAGGAUAGUGCCAUCGGCACCCUCUGGUUGCGCCCCGCUGCCGCCUAUCAGCUGCGAACUCAAACCCUAAACGGGUACAAGAACGACCGAUAUUUUGCCGAUUACCCAGCGACCCUGUUCGCGAAGGUCUACGACGAGACGAUGACAAUGUACACGAAGGCGUUGCAGCCACUAACGCUGCGGUUGACGCAGCAUGGGAAUAAAGUGCUGACCACGAUGUUCUGUGUGCCGAAUGGGCUUAGCGGCGACGGCAGCUGCUACUUUCUCGAGUGGCCCUGUGAAGACCAACAGGUGCAGGUCCAGGUUCCGGGCAGCUAUGAAUCGCAAAUCUGUGUGUGUCUGGAAGAGCGCGAGUUUGUCAUGCAUCUUGUGGACCGCGACAGAGGAGAGAGGGCCUGCUACGCACGCAAAAGCAUAGUUUAUGCGAAGGCCUCUCCAACUCAAACUCAAUGCCUAUUCCGCAUGAGAGAUUCGGUUCUUGCAUGCGAACAAAUGAGGAACUAUGGCUGCUCAUGCUACACGAGUGCUUGUGCUGUCCAGAAUUAGGUUCCAGGGUUCCAGAAUUAGCACCAUAGGUUGCAGCACCGACCUUCCAGACCAAGACUUGUUUGCAAUCCAUAGCAGCAAUCAGAUGACGAUGAACUCUGUUUGCAGAGCGACGGCGGACUCGACAAUUUCGGUGAACCAGGUUGCCCACCUCGAGGAUGGGAGGUGGGAGCCGCAGCAACCUCGUGUGCGUGGGAGCAGCGAGCCUGCCUACAGCUACUUGCUCGGAAGUAGAGACCUGACGUCUCCCACUCUGCUGCCCUUUCUGCGGCCCGAGGAUGAGGAGAUGCGGCAUGGCGUCACGCUGGAGGUUCUCUACCUCCGGAAGGAUCCGCAGUGGGCGCAGCCUCACUUUCCGGACCAAGUGCCGCGUUUGGAGCGUUUUGAAUGGCUGGACAUGUUCCCCAAGACCACGGGGAUGACCAACCAGGACGCGCUCGAGGAGUACGGGCAAGCAGUGUUUCACCAAGUCGCGCGCCUCGGCCUGCUGUCGAACUUUGAGAAUUUGCUUCAGACCUUGCGGGACAUGAUCCAUUAUCACCUUCUAUCAAACAAAAAACAGUCCACUUACCCGGGGAAAAAAUUGAAGUUUGCAUUACUCUAUCCAUAUUUGUUCGAGAGGGUUUGUGUACUUUCUCCUCGCGUCCGUUCUUUCUUCAUUUAGAAAUGUAGAAAUGCUAAUAUGUUGAUAAACGGUGUUGUCCGUAUGAAAGCAAGUCCAAGUACACGACAGUGGCAACUCUGCAAAGCGUGAUGAAUACAGACGAGUUCGCUCUAUGUGAUUAGCAGCAACGAGCUCCGUUCCUUUCGUGCAUGAGAGAAAAAAAUAUUUCAUUUAAUGAAAUAUUUUUUUCUCUCAUGGCAUGAAUAAUAUUUAUGCCACGAAAGCUAUUGCAAUUGCAUGGCAAAGACUUCUAAAGAAUCCGAGAGACGGGACUGUUUCCAAUAUGAUACCUGCCACUCCCGGAAGCGGAAGACAAACCCCGCACGCCUCAGGUACCUUUUUUUUGCAUGUUGUAGCUGCGAACUAAAACUGACGGAGGCAGAUAAACUACGGUGUCUUGUUUCUCCAUACGCAGGAGUUGUAUUAAUUUGUACAUGGAGUUCGGGAUCUCUGGAUUUACGCUUCUGAAACUAAAUAUCCUCCGUGGCUUGCGCGACGUCACCCUGCAAGUAUCGGGUCUAUCGUCUUGAUGAAGAAAUAGAUGUAGUUGUCCUGCUUCUAUAGUGCAUACGAGGUUCGCAGGGGCUUCUUCGCAAUCAGUGUGUCAUACGGGAUCAGUGAAUUAUCUCAAACAAUCCUCUGCAGUUGCAUGGAGGAUAUAUAAGAAAGUAAAUUCUCUUGUUUACUACGAGAACUAAAAUCCAUUACUUAAGUACACCGUGUGGGAUAAGAAAAUUAAAAAAUCCAUUGCAGUUUCCAGAAUUGUUGCUCAAGGAGUUCGGGUGUGAGCCGGAAGCGGCUCGGCGGAUGGGUGAACAGGCGUACGCAGCGCGACAGCCGAAGAAUUCUCUUCAAGGUUUUGCUUUUGCAGAUGCAGACAAGCAGAAAUGCACCCUAAAAGAUCCUUGGUAAGUCCUUACUGUUUUUUGUGUAGUUCUGAUGUUUUAGUUAGUACACAAUGAGCAAGUUACUGAUGGUUGGUGACUUGUUUCGCUUUCGGCUAACCAUGCUGUGCCACUUUCACUGCAGCACAGUGGUUUUAUCCCGCCUUUCGGCUGCUGCUCCUGGUCCUGCUGCAAUACGCACGGCGCAUAGUGUGGCGCUGAUAGAGCUAGAUUAUCAUAUUGGAGGCGACCGCUGUCGCUGUGUCGCAGUAGACCUUCUCGCCUAUGCUUUGGUCCAGUAAAUAUAUGAAUCAUGCUUCCAUCGUCCGUGAUCAUGUUGCGAUGCCCACGACAGCCUUCGCUUCUGGGCGAUCAUUAUUAUGGCAAAGAAAUAGCGAAGAUGUGGAGCGAUGCUGUGCACAUUCACCAGUAAAUUUACCAGUAGAAAAACGUGCCCAGUAUAGUGGUACCGAGCCGUCUUCCAGCAAGCCUGACCUGUUGGUGAUUGAUGAGCCGUAUGCUUCUUGUAGUUCUUGUCCUUCAUGUAUGAAACAUCAUUUUCAUUUUCCUCGCAACAGGGGUCUUGCAGUCCAGGUUGAUAAGAACGGGAAUCGCUACGUCGGGGGCGGAAAUCCGCCGAAGCCGAUCACUUUUGAGACUGCAGUAGAUGAGAUGUAUACACGCGCAAGCUGGGUCGCAUUUUUCGAGUACGUGUGUCUCCAGCUGGGGCGCCUGCGGUUCGACUUCAUCACUGAUUCCAGCGCCGCCAUCAUGGAAGAGGAGGGGAUGGAGGCGUUGCUGGGUUUGCAGCCGAUGUCGCUCGAUUUUCAGUUGAAAUGGUUCCAGCUCAACUCCCUGACCGAGCUCCUGCAAAACAACGUUUACUCCGCGAUCAUCCGUGGGGGCUUUAUGGCAAGGUAGUUCAUGAAUGUCACGAAAUAAUCGCAAGAUAUAUUUUGAGGAGGGGGCAAAGGGUAGGAAAUUUAUGGCUGAAUUAGCGAGCAGCGGCGACACUGGUAAAAGUGAACACCCGGUACAUACUAUACACGCGCGGGUUUUGUAGCUAGCGUAACUUCGCGGUGAUCACAUUGUCGCUGCAUUCGUCGUAUUUUCCUGCCCUUGACCGUGCAGAAUGUGAGCUCUUUUUUUCCUACCUAGUCAGUUGUAGGACUAUAUCGGCAAAAUAUCUUCCGGAUCGACGACGUCAAGGAUAUCUUAUCUAUCAGGCACCCUAAAGAAAAACCCAACUCAGGUACAUGUCUAAACACGUGUAUGGCAUUUACCUAAACCUGAAUGAGUUGAUGGAGGAGACCAGCAGCAUCAUGUCUUUACGAGGUUGUAAAAUGCCAAGAAGCACGGCCACAAAGUUGCAGCUAGCACAAAAGCAUCAAAAGGAGCACUCCAGUCGGCCGCACUGCUUCGUGAGUAGCCUGUUAGUUUUUUUAAGAGAGUGGGCUUCGUUCACAACGCCCACGUGCAUGAAUGCGAAAGUAGGGCUGUGAAAUCGGACGCUCUUGUUUAUACUUGUUGUAAUCGAGAAGCACGGCUUGGAGCAGGCAAGUGCUUCCGAAGAAACCAAAAUACGAACAUAAAGAAAACAAAGUGCCAACUUCGUAGGUAGCCUGCGCUGCUGCAAAGGUGCGCUUUGUGGUAUCAUGUGCUUUUUUUUUCGCUUUGACAAAAUGGAGCGGGUAUGCCGGCUCAGGUCAAGACCUACAUGUCCUACACCUACCGACAUCUAAAAUUAGCUCUUUACAAAUCUCGAACGCCGAUAUGCAGGGCAAAUAUGUGGGGGUCAUGGUCUCAGCAUAGGCAGGGGCUAUGUUCUUGAGUUAAGAGAAGCGCCGCAAAACUCUAGUCUACUCUCCAGGCUGUAUUGGAUCCUCAUCUUAAUGCAACAAAAGGAAGGGUGUGCAUUUUACAUAGCCACGAUGGGAGUUUUGCUUUUCUUGUCAUGGAUUUGGAUGAGUAUACGAAAAUGAAGCAGCGGAAAAUUAUAUAUGCGGUAUUGAUUCGUAGAUAAAGCGCAGCGAGACCGAAAGCUUUCUCGUUGCAAUAUGUAUUGGGAGUAGCAGGUAGCAGCUGCGACUACGAAAAGACAUUUAGGUGCCCCUCAAAUAUUUGCACUGAAUAGCUGAACCCGGACAAGCAGAAGCAGGAUAUUCUACUCGAACAACUGGUGCAGGAAGGUGGCAAGUGGGAAAGUCUGAGGACUCGUUACACUUUACCUGUGCAAGAUGAGCCGUCUGGUGGUUUGAACCUCAGGUUUCUUUUCUCGGACAACCUCCCGGAGCCGCAGAUUUACGAUGGAAGCGCCAUGCAGCUGCUACAGUCCGAACAAGGAAUGCAAUUACCCGCGAGACCGUCUUCCGACACGACGCUUCGGAUGAUGGCCUCAGCGGAAUUCCGCGGACAGGGGGAUCACAUUCUGCACCACGUCAUGCCACACUUGAUCAACCAAGACUGGGACCAGAUGCCUGACGUCACUGUGCAUGUUGGAAGUCUAUUGCUGCUGGAUUCCCUCACUCAGUCCACGCCUCCUCGGACAGAGGACAUGUACAGCAAAAGUCGUCAGGCACAGAGACAGCUGGAAAGUCUGCUACAAUUUCCGGAGGACGUUAAGGCGGCCGCAGAAUACGAUUCUGGACAUGGUGAUGUUCAAGCUAGAAACUUUCAGGGAGCUGGAGCUGCUCCCGGACCCACCGAGCAGUCCUCUUCUUUCACAGAAGUCCCCAGCAAGAGGAAAAGACCUACCCUCUCUGUGAGGGACGACGGGGACGACACUGAUUCGCAGCAGCGCGCUGCCACCGACACGGAGCACUCAGUUGCUUCGUCGAAGAAAUUCAUGCAACCAAAGGAACGCGCUGCCGUCUUGAAAGAGCGGAGCACCACAACGGCAGGGCGGAAGCCAAUGGCUUCGCGACCGGAAAAGAAGGAGGCCUUCACACAGCGGACCAGGACGAAGAAGCUGCAGAUGAAAACUGGCACAGCGACGCAAUCUGUUCAACACACCGACGUUGAACACACAACCAUAGUUGGAAUGGGUCCACACGACCGAACUCUUGCGGGUGCUCACCGCCCAUUAAACAACGGCGGCCACCACGGUGAGUACAACAAGCUGUACGUACUACAGUCUUGUUCGGUUCCAGAUGUUUUCGUUGAAAAAAUGGACACGAAUGCACGCAGGAGUGGUGUCAGCGCGUGGGUUCAAUGUGCGUUGGGACACGCAGAGGGGCACGAGUUCAAGACGUGGCUCCAGAACUGGGCGGCUGGAACUCCGAAUAUCGACGAACAAGCGCAAAAAUACGGCCGGGAGCUUUACGAUCUGGAAAACACCUGCCGUGACAAACUGUCGGGCUACAGUGGCUACGGUGGCUUGUACGAGAACUGUAACGAAAACAAUCCUGAUAAAGAAGGAACAAUAUCCAAUAAGACGAAAUAGUGUGACAGUGUACUUACAACAUUUUUUGUCUUCGCAGAUCUUGAUGCAUAUCCAAGCUCUCAUCUCAGCAUAGUUUCCAUUUAGCGUUUUGGAUCUUAGCUGCGGGUGAAUUUUAUAUCUAUGAUGGUCUUUUUUAUUUCCUGCCUUGGGUACAGCUGUUGCUCUUGCUUGUAUUUCAACGUUGCAUCGACUUUACAUACGUGCUAGCUCCCAAGAGCAAGAGUCGCCGGAGCUGCUUUUCCUUGUCAAGAAUUGCUCCAAGAAUCGUUGAGAAACAGCUUAAUUGCGAGGAAGGUGCACUGGAUAGACUUUUUGUCGUGCAUAGGCUAUCGAGGUGUACCGUGUUACCUUCGCCGUGAGCAGUGUGACAAAGUCUGGCAAUGAGUCUCCAGGCACGGAAAAGCUAGCCAACCACCUGCAGCUGAACCCUUUACAAGUCCCCCAAGAAACUAGCGGAACAGUUUUGGAAAAGGACCUCUUUCCCCUUUACUGGGCAAUGUGCAAGCACGAGCUUGAGACAGGCGGAAAUGGUCACGCACACCAGUGGGAUCGUGGAGAUGCUCCUGCGAAGCAGGGGCCCAAUGUGCUCGGCUCGUCUCAGAACUUAUCCCAGAAAAGAAAACUCUACACAGGCGGACAACAUUUGCAUCUUGUGCUAAAGAAAAUACCAAUGCAAGAAUGGCAAUUGACGUUCAGAGUGCAUAUAUGACCUAACAGAACUUUAUUUCUCUAUUGCUGAGAUGGGGUUGGAGGUCUCACUCUGUGGAGUCGCCCACGCCAGAUUUUCUGUUUCUUGUCUUCGCACAAUUUCUUUUAUGCAUGUACGAAUAUAAGUAAUGAUUGGGUAGCGUUUUCCUGGGUGAUAGAUUCUGCUCGCGGAAAGCCUUGAAACGAAAAUGAAAAUCGAUCACAUGAUUCCCGCUGGAACAGAUGUCGUCCUGCAGGCUGCUCAUUUACCAACCGUAAAUCAAAAUGCAAGAACAUGUCAGGGGCACGGAAAAUGCAAAAUUUUGGUAUUCCACUUAUGUGGCGCAUCUCCGAUACGAACUACUGUUGCGGUUUCUCGCAGGCAUGCUUUUGAAGCAGUAAAAAGCACAUGCUGUUACUGCUUUUGCCUCACCAGUGAAAGAAUGAAAUCUUUGCGCCGAAUCUUCGCCGUGUAGAUACACCUGCAUUUUCUGCGUCUUCCUGAAUGUUCGAUCGAAAAGAUUUGCACUGCAUAGUAGCACUCGUUUGGUUCCUUUAAUGGGCGGCAGAAAAUCGGACCGGGGGUCCGUUUCAUGCCCAGCUAUCACAGUGACGGGCGCUGGAUGCCCAAAGCACUUGUUACCAUGGCCGCCACGCGGGAACUGUUGCAGCCUGUGAUGCCCCUCAUGUUCCUCGAUUAUGAUCCCAGCACAUGGCCCCCGCACACCUCCGGCUCGCAGACAAUUCAUCCCCAUGUGAUCAUCGACGUUUGGGCUAUUCAUCAUAAGUACCCCAGCAUUAUGAUGGACAACGGUAUUUUCGCGGACUACGUCGAAAGGGCGUUCCAGACCUUGUGGGCGUCCGAAGCAGGCGGAGGACCGGUCGAGCAGCACCACCAUCACCACCACCACCACCACCAUCGUGCGCAAUGCGAGUUCGAUCUUGGGAUUGCGUAUCGAAGCGAAGCACCUGCUGUUUGAGUGUAAAUCUGUACUUCGUUUACUAGGAGAAGAUUGGUCGACAAACCAGCAUUACUUGUCAUGCCAGAGAUCAUAACCCACCGACACCAUCGAGUGUUUUUUCCCAUUCUUUUUCAUCUCGGCGCGUCACAAGUUUCUGCUGGUUUGGUGAGCCACUCUUCAUUCUAUGAUUGCAUCAAAAGAGUUACACUCACAAAUCGUUUUUCAUUUUGAUAUUGCUGUUUGUUCCAUCUUGGCUCCCACCGGAACUGAUCACAAUUGGUGCAAGCAUUGGAAGGGUGCGGAGAAACUCACUUUUCAUCCGGGUGGUGGACCAACCGACGGGUCGUACACAGUGAAAAACACAUUGGGGAGGGAGGUGAACGACCAGAGUGGAGAAAAAGGCAUCGCUGAUGUCGACGAAACUACCGCCUUGAUCACGUGCAUGGAGGAUUUGCACUUCUGA